ACGGCCCAGUCGGUAUGGCCAAAAACCACCUGACUGACCAAAUGUCAAAACCUUGACCUAACCUAAAAAUCACGCAAUAAUUCCGCCAAAAACCGUAAAAAAUGCCCAAACUGGCGUGAUAUAAUGUCAAGACUAUUGUUCCAAAUCACAUUAUGCAACCCGAAAGUGUUAGGUAAUUCAUACAGCCCCACUUUGCUCCUCAAGCAACACGUCUACUUCACGUUACCUGCAGCCACUUAUGUAAAUAAAUCCGACCGGAAGGCGACCACAGUCGCCCUCACUGAAGACGUCACCAAAGCAUUUCCCGAAAAACCAUCGAUAAUCCCAGCAUGGCGGCCCACGCCUUCCACCGACCGUUCAAACAUCAUCCAACACUACCUCAAACUGUCCAAAAUCCGCCUCACAACCCUUGUUGUGGUCACCUCGAUGGCGGGCUACGCCGUCGCCCCCGCGCCCUUCGAAUGGGGGCCCUUUGCCCUGUGCAUUGCCGGGACGGGGCUGUUGUCGGCCGCCGCUAACGCCGUCAACCAGUUCCAUGAAGUCCCGUUUGACGCACAAAUGAACAGGACCAAGCAUCGGGUGCUAGUCUGCGGCCGCUUGACCCCCCUUCAUUCAAUCUUAUUUGCCGCAACUACAAGUUUGAGUGGGUUGGCCAUUUUGAAUUUUGGGGUUAAUGGACUUACUGCCACUUUGGGGCUAACUAAUUUCAUCCUCUAUACGUCGAUUUACACCCCAAUGAAGCGGAUGAGCAUCCUGAACACGUGGGUGGGCUCAAUCGUUGGUGCCAUUCCCCCGUUGAUGGGUUGGGCCGCCUGUGCCAAUUCCCUGGGGCCGGGAGCGUGGCUCAUGGCGGCCCUUUUGUACAGUUGGCAAUUCCCGCAUUUCAACGCCUUGUCCUGGAAUUUGCGCCCGGAUUACUCCAGGGCCGGCUACCGGAUGAUGGCGGUCACAGAUCCGGGCUUGUGUCGACGAGUGGCCCUGAGACAUACCGUAGCCCUUGAGGCGAUGACGAUAGCAGCGCCCUUUUUAGACGUUACCAACUGGUGGUUCGUUUUAGAAGCCUCACCGUUGAAUUUGUAUUUUAUUUAUUUAGCGUAUGAUUUUUACAAAGAUUCGUCCAGUCAGAGCUCCCGGAAGUUGUUCCGGUUUUCGUUGAUUCACUUGCCGUUGUUGAUGAUUUUGUUUCUAGUAAAUAAAAAGAAGUGGUUCGUUUUCGAUGAAGACACCGAACGUAGUUGUAGUGUAAAAAAUGUAGAAACUGUUUGUUGAAUCAAUAAAUAAAUUAUUUUGGAAAAA